CUUGUCAACAACUGCUUUUUUUGCUAAUCCUUUUUAUUCCAGCAAGGAAUACUCCACGCUCUGAUCCAGGACUCUUUAGCACACUUUGAUUUUAGGGGAGGGAUUUCGGACCUGUGCUACCAGAAGCACAGCUGACCAUUAUCAGCCAUCCCAGAAGGAACUCGGAUGGAUUCUGAGGCACGUUCCCAAGCCUGAGGAGUUGGAACCAGCCUGCCAAGCAUGGCUGACAAGAACAGCACCCUGAAAUGCACGUUCUCUGCUCCUGGCCACAGCACCACUCUGCUGCAGGGACUGGCCUCGCUCCGAGCUCAGGCUCAGCUGCUUGAUGUCAUCCUCACUAUAAAUAAUGAAGUGUUUCAGGUUCAUAAAGUUGUCUUGGCUGCCUGCAGUGACUAUUUCAGGGCAAUGUUCACGGGCGGGAUGAGAGAGGCCAGCCAGGAUGUGAUCGAGCUGAAAGGUGUGUCUGCAAAGGGCCUGAAGCACAUCAUAGACUUCGCCUACAGCGCUGAAGUGACUCUUGAUCUCGACUGCAUCCAGGACGUGCUGGGAGCCGCCGUCUUCCUCCAGAUGGUGCCCGUCGUGGAGCUCUGCGAGGAGUUCCUGAAGUCCGCCAUGAGCGUGGAGACGUGCCUCAACAUCGGGCAGAUGGCCACCACCUUCAGCCUCUCCUCCCUGAAGGAAUCUGUGGACGCCUUCACCUUCAGGCACUUCCUGCAGAUCUCCGAGGAGGAGGAUUUCCUCCACCUGCCCCUGGAGCGCCUGGUGUUCUUCCUGCAGAGCAACAAGCUGAAGAGCUGCAGCGAGAUCGACCUGUUCCGCGCCGCCGUGCGCUGGCUGCAGCACGACCCCGCGCGCCGCGCCAGCGCCAGCCGCGUCCUGUGCCACAUCCGCUUCCCGCUCAUGAAGUCCUCGGAGCUGGUGGACAGCGUGCAGACCCUGGACAUCAUGGUGGAGGACGUCCUGUGCCGCCAGUACCUGCUGGAGGCCUUCAACUACCAGAUCCUGCCGUUCCGGCAGCACGAGAUGCAGUCGCCGCGCACGGCCAUCCGCUCCGACGUGCUGUCCCUCGUCACCUUCGGCGGGACGCCCUACACGGACAACGACCGCACCGUCAGCGCCAAGGUCUACUGCCUGCCCGACGCGGGCGGCCGCCAGUUCAAGGAGCUCACGGAGAUGGAGGUGGGCAGCAGCCACUCCUGCGUGGCCGUGCUGGACAACUUCGUCUACCUGGUGGGCGGGCAGCAGCUGCAGUACCGCAGCGGGGAGGGCGCCGUGGAUGUCUCCUACCGCUACGACCCGCACCUCAACCGCUGGCUGCGCAUCCAGGCCAUGCAGGAGAGCAGGAUCCAGUUCCAGCUCAACGUCCUGCGCGGCAUGGUGUACGCCACGGGCGGCAGGAACCGCUCGGGGAGCUUGGCCUCGGUGGAGAAGUACUGCCCCAAGGACAACGAGUGGACCUACGUGUGCUCCCUGAAGCGCAGGACGUGGGGCCACGCCGGGGCCACGGCGGGGGACAGGCUGUACAUCUCGGGGGGGUACGGGAUCUCCGUGGAGGACAAGAAGGCCCUGCACUGCUACGACCCCGCCGCCGAUCAGUGGGAGUUCAAGACGCCCAUGAACGAGCCCAGGGUGCUGCACGCCAUGGUCAGCGCCAACGGCAGGAUUUACGCCCUGGGCGGGCGCAUGGACCACGUGGACCGUUGCUUCGACGUGCUGGCCGUGGAGUAUUACGUGCCCGAGACCGACCAGUGGACCACGGUGAGCCCCAUGCGCGCCGGGCAGUCGGAGGCCGGCUGCUGCCUGCUGGAGAAGAAGAUCUACAUCGUGGGGGGCUACAACUGGCACCUGAACAACGUCACCAGCAUCGUGCAGGUCUACAACACCGAGACCGACGAGUGGGAGAGGGACUUGCACUUCCCGGAGUCCUUCGCCGGGAUCGCCUGCGCUCCCGUCAUCCUGCCGCAGGCGCCCAGCCAGAGGUGACCCCCCCGACCCCGGGCUGCCCUCGUGGUGCCCUUUGCUGCC